AUGAACAAGAUCUUCCUCUUCGCCCUCUCGGCUACUGGCGUUCUGGCCGCUUACCGAAGCCCUCUCCUCGCCGCUCGACAGGUCGUCGCCAUCCCUUGCUCCGACCAAGGCCUCAAGGAUUGCGGCACAGGCUGUAUUCAGCAGGAUUGGACCUGCUGUCCUAGCAAAGCUGGAGGAUGCCCUCCGACUGCAUACUGCGAUGUUGGUACCAAUGGCGAGUACGGCUGCUGUCCCAAUGGUAGUCAAUGUGGUGGUGAUGGCGGUGCCAACACGCGCGGCAUGACCAGCACCAUUGUCAUUCCUGGUAGAACGACGACUAUUUACAACCCUCUCGACACCGAAGAACCUCAGGGACCCAUCGUGGAGACACAGACGUCUCUCAUCAUCGAAGUCAGCCAAACAACCAUCGAUAUUCCCAUCUCUCAGGGUGACGGCGGUUCUGGCGAUGGCGGUUCCGGUGGUGAUGGCGGUGCCGCUGGCUCAAGCGACGUCCCUCCUGUCAUCCAGACUCCCAGCCCGGAUCCCAACCCAGUUCCUGCUCCUGGCACCGAGACUGCAUCCGGCACACCGGUUCCUGUGCCUGUCCCCACACCCGUCACCGUCAACGCGGCCUCGUCCAAUGGCUACAGCUGGAUCGGUGGUGUCGUGGCUGGUCUCGCCGCUCUACUGCUUUAG